GGACCUCGAGGUAGCCGGUGGAGGGUUGACAUGGGCCACGAGGUCGUAUCGACCUACGUAGUCGUCGUGUAUAGAGACCAGCUUGACCCGUUGAUAGAGGGCGAGUUUAUCUGGCAGCCUUAUGCCGGGGUCCUCGGUAUGCUCCCAGACUAUUGCCGACUAGGUGAGGAGAUAUGGAUGGCAAGAGUGCUACUCAUCUGUUUUGACGUAGUUGAGUGGCAUUUUCCUGAUCGUGUCCUCCGACAGUUUGGUCAGGUCCAGUCCGUGCCGGAUUGGUGCGACAUUGAGUGGCGGUUGCAUGCGACUGAUAGACGUGGCCGAGCCGGCACUGACUGGAGUGUGUAUCAUAUGCGAUACAUACAGCUGUGGGAUGCCCGUUGCGACAGUAUUGUACACGCUGACUGGAGCGAUGGGGUCCUCCCCUCUCUCGAUCCUUACAUGUUGUGGUAUCGACGACAUACACAUCUACUAGUCGGUAAUCCGAGCCACCUGUCUGAGUUCGGAUAUCAGGGAGUUGGGCCUUCUCUCGAGGCAUUGGUGGUUCGAGCUGGGAGGUCAUAUCACUUGGCUAAGGACGCCCUUUUCAGAUGUGGUGGAAAGGAUGCGAUGCAGGCCCUUGCAGAGAUCCGAGAGUUAUUGUACGAGAGGAUCCAGCACGCCCAUCGGGUAGAUUGUUUGCAUUUUGGCUAUUACGGUGUACACAGUGCAACAGUUGCUCCAGACACAUCAGUCUCGUCCACGUCAGUGCCUUCCACUUCAGCGCCAGCCAUAGCAGGUCCUUAGACUUCAGUCACCCCACCGCAUGAUACCCCAUACAUUUCUCCAGAUUCCCCACGCGUACAUCCUAUCCAGCAUGUUGACCCUGAUUGGACACCGCCCCGAUACAUGCAUGACGUUGUUACCCCACCCACCUAGUUACCACCUGCUUUUCUGGGGACUACUUCGACCGCGCCCAUGAGUACACAUGAUGCAGUUCUCACUGACAUCUCCCACGUUGAGGAUGAGGGCCAUAUUAAGCCCCCCCCAAGAGCGCGAGGGAUAGGCCGAGGUUAUGGUCGUGGGGGACGUCGCGGCCGAGAUCGGGGUGCGGGCAGAGGCAGAGGUCGAGAUCCAGAUGCAGAUCAUGAUACUGUUGCACCAGAUGAGGGAGUUUCACAGCUCACAACAGUAUUCGAUCUUCAGGCAGAGACAGGAUCAGGGGCAGCACAUGCAGGAGAGGGGGGGGUCAAGCUCCACAGGCUCCACAGACAGUCAGUGGAGGGCCACAUGCAGGAGAGGGAGUGCCAGAUAUUCAGAGAGUCUACCGUAGGAGACCGAGAAGGGAGGUCCAUGGUCGGGGUUGUGGGACUGGGGGCAGGUUUGGGCAUUAGCAGGUGUGAUAUGGACUGUAUAGUUUUUUUUUUUUAUUUGUAGUAAUUGUUAUAGUUUUUGUAAAUCAAAUUUGUAUAGAUGAUAUAAAUAUGUCAUUUAUUUAUUCGAAAUUAUAAUUU